CUCGCGAACACUCUGCCCGGACUGCGCGGUACAGCCUCAACUUCAGUGUCUACAACCCAAAACACGAUGGUGGAACAGCGUUUAUCUCUCACACUUCAUAAGAGAAAGUUUUAUACUUUGCACAAAUGACAACAUAGUCGUUCGCGUCUUUUAAUUUCUCCACUGUAGAUUAAGUCAUACGGAGUUAUUUGAUUUAAUUCCUCCUGGCGUUUCUCGGGCUUUGAAGAUGUCCGACCCUUGUUCUGAACCUGCAGGAGCCAUCAAGGCCAUUGACAAGACCUCGGUGCAUCAGAUCUGCUCAGGACAGGUGGUGCUGACUUUAUCCACGGCUGUCAAAGAGCUGGUGGAGAACAGCAUUGACGCAGGAGCCACCAACAUUGAUGUGAAGCUGAAGGAAUGUGGAGUUGAGCUUGUGGAAGUGUCAGACAACGGCAAAGGUGUCGAUGAGGCCAACUUUGAAGGACUGACACUCAAGCAUCACACGUCAAAGCUCAGAGAGUUCUCCGAUCUCACUCACGUGGAAACGUUUGGCUUCAGAGGUGAAGCCCUCAGCUCUUUAUGUGCUCUGAGUGACCUGAGCGUGGUGACCUGUCAUGAGUCCAGUCAGGUGGGCACCAAGCUGGUGUUUGACCACAGAGGUCACAUGGUGCAGCGGUCACCUCAUCCCCGUCAGCAGGGCACCACAGUCAGUCUGCAGCAGCUCUUCUCCACUCUGCCUGUGAGACACAAAGAGUUCCAACGCAACAUAAAGAAGGAAUACGCCAAAAUGCUCCACAUCCUGCAGGCGUACUGUAUCAUCUCUACCGGUGUAAGAAUCACCUGCUCAAACCAAAAUGAGAAGGGAAAGCGCAGCACGGUCCUCGGCACCAAUGGCAGCCAGAAUAUGCGAGACAACAUCGGAGCCAUAUUUGGCCCAAAACAGCUCCAGAGCCUCCUGCCUUUUCAACAAGUUUCCCCUUCAGGCAGUAUCAUUGAAGAGUACGGACUGAAAGACACCGAUUUGCCCAAACAGCUUUUCACUAUCACAGGUUUUGUGUCACGCUCGGAUCACGGUGUGGGGAGAAGUGCCACAGACAGACAGUUCUUUUUCAUCAACAACCGACCAUGUGAUCCACUCAAGGUAACCAAAAUUGUAAACGAAGUGUAUCACAUGUACAACAGACACCAGUAUCCAUUUGUUGCUUUGAACAUAGCUGUCGCAUCAGACUGUGUUGAUGUGAACGUGACCCCGGACAAACGACAGAUUUUACUUCAGGAGGAGAAACUCUUGCUUGCUACUCUGAAGACCUCGCUCAUCAGCAUGUACGAGGCUGGAGUCAAUAAAAUCAGCCUGAACUAUAUGCACAUGGCAACCUCCAGUGUCACAUGUCGGGUUGUCCCGUCCAGUAAGAACAUGCCAGAACAUGGAGACGCUGUGGAACCAGCAACGAUGCAGAGCCCAAAGAUCUCACUGAACUUGGCCGGUCUAAAAGCUGCCUUCUCAAGUCAGAACAGCUCUGGUCUUGGGAGCAAAUCCAGCUCAUCAAAGGCUGUGGGCAGCAGCAGCAGCAAUGGUCCAGCACAGAAGACACUGCAGUCCUUUUUUAAGGGUUCUGCCAAAUCUUCUGCCUUCAACUCGAGUAGUAAAUCACCUCUGAAAUGUGGGAAAGACCUCGCUAAAUGUUCCCCAGUGGGAAAAUCUGUGUUGGAUGGAUUCAGAUACAGAAAUGAGUCGUGUGAUGAUACAAAUCCAGAUCGUGUGGAGAUAAGUUCUCCUCAAGCAGUCAUUGACACCCAAAGGGUAAAAGAUGAAGAGUUUGAAGAAACAUCAGACUAUAGUCAGACUGUACCUGAAGUGCCAGAGAUAAAAGCUGAGCCAUGCACUACAAAAGAGGACGGGAGCAUGAGUCCAGACGCCAAACGGGCCAGGAAAGAUUAUCCACAUCUCCCCACAGAACAAAAAUCUUAUUCUUUCUUAAAUAAUUCUGAAGGAUCAUCUUCCACUAAAGUGGAUGCUCCAGUUUCCUUACAGAAGAGGACAGUGACUCUGAAGUUCUCUUUACAAGAGCUGGAAGGGAAAAUGAGGAGGUUGAAGGAGCAACAGAAGCCCAGUGACGAGUUACUCUUCAGACGUUUCAGGGCCAAGAUCAACCCUGGAGAAAACCAGAGUGCGGAGGAAGAGCUGAAGAAGGAGAUCAGUAAAGACAUGUUCAAAGAGAUGGAGAUCAUCGGUCAGUUCAACCUGGGCUUCAUCAUCACCAAACUCCACUCGGACAUCUUCAUGAUCGACCAACACGCCACAGAUGAGAAGUACAACUUUGAGAUGCUGCAGCAGCACUCGGCGCUUCAGGGACAGAAACUCAUCGUCCCACAGAAACUUCACCUCACUGCGGUCAGUGAGAACGUCCUCAUGGAGAACAUUGAGAUUUUCAGGAAAAACGGCUUUGAAUUUCUGAUUGACGAGGAAGCUCAGGUGAUGGAGAGGGUGAAGCUGGUUUCUCUGCCCACGAGUAAGAACUGGACGUUCGGUCCAGCUGACAUCGAGGAGCUGAUCUUCAUGUUGAGCGACAGUCCGGGUGUCAUGUGUCGACCGUCCAGAGUCAGACAGAUGUUCGCCUCCAGAGCCUGUCGGAAAUCUGUCAUGAUCGGCACGGCGCUCAGCGUCAGCGAGAUGAAGAAGCUGGUGGGUCAUAUGGGCGAAAUCGAGCAUCCGUGGAACUGUCCCCAUGGCAGGCCCACCAUGAGACACCUCGCCAACCUGGACAUCAUCUCACCAGAUUAAUCAGAGCAAAGAAGCAGCAAACAGAGACACACUGGAGACACUUAAUCUACAACACUAUCGUUUCAGUUGAUAUUUGUACAGUUCAGAUUGUAGAUGUUGAUUGUUUGUGUUUUUAUAUUCGUAUGUUUUUUUAUUCU